GUCGUCCGCCUUGUCGCAUGGAGUUGAGGUGUUUACAAGGAAUUGUGUCAAGUCAAAUCAAGGUGAACGUCUGCUUGAGCCUCAGUCUGCUUAAAAUGCUCACUGAGUGCACGCUGCCGCAGCUGAGAGGACUUUAAAGCUUCAGUUGGUCCAAACAGAGAGAGGAAACAUCAUGACUGGUGACUUGGUGGUCUGGAGGAGUCUGGCCUGGAUGAAGCAGGCGGCCAGCAGAGCCCCAGCAGCAGGCGGUCUGCCCGGCUCCGGAGGCCAGAGACUGCUGGCAAACUUCCAUCAUACUGCCGGAUCAGCAAGGGAGACGUUCAACAAGCAGCAACAAGCCUGCGUCCACGGAGCUUCAGCAGCACCGUUUCACAGAUAUUCAACAGUAGGAGCUCGUUUCGGCCCCUGUUUCGCCGGAAGUGUGAAUGGUGGCGAUGGGCCGUGCGGCGGGAGAACUGGAACGAAGAGGCUCAGGUCCAGCCAGAUGUUCUGUGCACAAACGAGGCUGUUCAACCAGGACAACUCCACAGUGGGGCGGCUGACAUCGGAGGACAUCGAUAAAGCAAGAACCACAAAGAAAACAGACUUCAAGCCACACAAGCAAGUGCUCAGUGAGAGAUCCAGAGAGAGGAAGGUUCCCGUCACACGGAUAGGACGACUGGUGAAUUUUGGAGGUCUGGCUGUUGGACUCGGCAUCGGAGCGAUCGCUGAAGUGGCCAAGAAGAGUUUAAAACCUCAACAAGGUGAAAAGAAAUCCAUACUGGAUUCUAGCGCCUUCCUGUCUGAAGCCAACGCUCAAAGAAUCGUCCGGACGCUCUGCAAAGUUCGAGGCGCCGCACUAAAACUGGGACAGAUGCUCAGUAUCCAAGAUGACGUCUUUAUCAACCCCCAGCUGGCCAAAAUCUUCGAGCGUGUUCGACAGAGUGCGGACUUCAUGCCCACUAAACAGAUGAUGAAAGUGGUCAGCAGCGACCUCGGCCCAAACUGGAGGGACAAGGUGGAGUACUUUGAGGAGAAGCCGUUUGCAGCCGCAUCCAUUGGUCAGGUGCAUUUAGCGAGGCUGAAGGACGGCAGAGAGGUCGCCAUGAAGAUCCAGUAUCCUGGAGUUGCCAAGAGUAUCGACAGUGACGUGAACAAUAUCAUGACUGCUCUGAGUUUAAGCAACGCGCUGCCUGAAGGUCUGUUUCCUGAGCACCUUAUUGAGGUCAUGAGCCGGGAGCUGGCGCUUGAGUGCGAUUACAUAAGAGAGGCCAAAUGUGCCAAAAAAUUCCAGGAGCUGCUGAAGGAUCACCCGUACUUCUACGUCCCCGAUGUGAUUGACGAGCUGAGCAGCCAGCACGUCCUCACCACGACGCUGGUGCCCGGUUUCCCUCUGGACCAGGCCACUGACCUCCCUCAGGAACUCAGGAACGAGAUUUGUGAACAGAUCUUGAUUUUAUGCUUGAGGGAGGUCUUUGAGUUCAGAUACAUGCAGACUGAUCCCAACUGGUCCAACUUCUUCUUUGAUCCUCAGACUCACAAGGUUGCUUUGUUAGAUUUCGGAGCAACACGAGGAUUUGAUAAAAGUUUCACUGAUACUUACAUUGAGAUUAUUAAAGCAGCUGCUCAUCAGGACAGAGAAGGAGUCCUGCAGAAGUCCAGAGACAUGAAGUUCCUCACCGGGUUCGAGUCAAAGUCGAUGGAGAACGCCCACGUGGACGCGGUGAUGAUCCUCGGCGAGGCCUUCUCCUCCGUGGAGCCCUUCAACUUCGGAGCGCAGAGCACCACCGAGCGCAUCCACAGCCUCAUCCCAGUGAUGCUGAGGGAGCGACUCACGCCUCCGCCCGAGGAGACCUACUCCCUCCACCGAAAGAUGGGCGGCUCCUUCCUCAUCUGCUCCAAACUCAAAGCUCAGAUCUCGUGCAAAAACAUGUUCCAGGAGGCGUACGCCAACUACUGGAAGGACGGACGCCCCGAGUCGACACACUAGCGGAAGAGACUUGUGUUGAAAAGCAUGUUUGAACUUUUUUUGGUAUGUUGAACAAUUGAACUUACACAUUCUUAUCUGUGAAGACACAUAAGGGGAACUUUGACCAUAUAAUGUCCAGAUGUUACCUAGUUCUAUGUUUGUUACGGCCGUCUGCUGCGACUACUCCUCCGACUCAUCAUCCAGUUAACUUAUAAGUACUUUGAGAAUAACGACUGUGCUUUAUAGUCCACCUGCGCUCUGCUUUUCAGGGUAAUGUGUGAACAGUAUUUGUACGUAUUUGUACGUUUAAAUGAGAUUUGUUGUGCCAUAUUGUAUUAUUAUUAUUAUGUGCCUGUUAAGGUCUGAAGAUCUGUACUCCAUCAGCCCAGGACUGCCAGUUUAAUACA